GAAAUAGACGUACACCAAGUCUAGGCUAUUUCUAGUUUCUUCUCUGCUGUUGUAGCCAAUGGAUUUUUUAAAGAUCCCUUCUCAAAGCUAAUUCACGGUGCAAGCAAUACUGAGGUUUACAUAUGGAUAAAGUUAUCGUGUUUUCUAUACUCUUCAUGUGUAUGGUUUACUUACCAGACAUGAUAAUCGGCUUGACAAAAUAUCCCAUGGAAAUCACAGGAUUUGAGAGAGAUUGUGUCAACUAUAGUUGCCGCCCCACUGGCAAAAUAGCCGGAAGUGUUAAAAUCUUUGAAAAAGAUAUACAACGUCCAACGGACUGUGAACAGACCAUAAUUGUUCUUUACUGCACGAGAAACGACAACUGCUCUAGUGGCUCUAAAAGCUGGGCAAGGUACUGUGAUAUAUUUCGGGUUUGCAGCGAACCGACGUCUUGCCUUGCGACGAACCGUUUCCCUUGCUACUGCUCAGGGCCUUAUCCUUUGAAUGUCAAGUUUUUCCCUACGUUUCACAAUGGUUUCUAUCGGCUGGCAGCGGUCAACGCCACGGAAAUCGGAGAACCUAUAAUUACGUUCAGUGCAAGCAAUAUAUUUGAUUCAUCAGCUAAACCAGCCCGUUGGAAUCCAGUUGAAGAUGUUGGGCACCUUCACCAAAAAAUAGAACAUUCAACCAACGGAAAACGACAAUUACAUUCAGAUUUUGUCUUCUUGUGUAUCGGAACACUGUAUGUCGUCCUACUAGCCUAGAAACAACUUUCUCAUGAGUAUUCCAGAAAUGACGGCACAUUUAUAAAAAUGAUAUGUGUUCGUAAAGAUGCUUUUUGUCAAAAUGAGUGGGGUCGGGGGUAUAGCAAUAUUUGACAUUCUUAAUAUUUAUUGAGAGUUUUGUAAACGGUAUGUUUAAGUUAUAAAGUAAAUGGCCAAUCUACAUUUUCUUAACAAUGCUCAUGUAUUUUUGGUGAUUAAUUUUUUUAUAUUUUGGCCUACGGAAAAAGAAAUCGCCAACAGCAUGCUAAUAUUUUACACGGAAAGAAAUGUAUUUUACAUUACAAAAUGUAGUUGGAGGUUGGGAGGCUUGAGAAUGAGGUAAUGGAGUAUUAGGUAAUAUAGGCCUAUAUGUUGGCUGAUGUAUUUUGUAACGAUGUAUUUGACUAACGCUUGUUGAAAGCAUGGCGUUUUGUAUGGACUCCAAAAUGUAAACAAAGUGAUAGGUUUUAUUAAUUUUUUUUUCAGUUAAUAAUAUGCAAUUGAAAAUGUGACAAUUAUGUUUUUUUAAAAGUAUUGUGGUAGUUUUUUCUCAUAAUUACAAGUAAUUAGAAAUAACGUUCUACAUAACCAUUUCUUUUUAACAUACAUUUAGGUUAGUAUAUAAAAACUUUACUUUGGAAAAAAAUAUAAUAUUGCAUUUUUACGUAAAAAAUGUCAGAAAAGUGGCGCGCUAUAUGAAACAAACUAUUACUUGCGGCAUCGCACUGUUAAAUUAAACAUCACUCUUGGACGAUUGGUGCGUAUUAGACAUAUUUUACUAAACAGGAAUUUAGAUUGAUGAAACAGGACGACAUGACAACUGGUGUGCUGGUUACUCCUUUAGCAGCGUACAGUGAAGUAAAGCGGCUGAAAUUCUUUGCUUUCUGGAUAGUUUAAACUUUCCUCAUGUCCUAUGGUGCUGUGUGAAACAUAAAAAUGUAUUAAAAAUUGUUU